AUGGAUCAAAGAGGACCCAAUAGAACGGUUGGAUCUCUGAAGUCUACUUCUUCUCUUGUUGAACUAUCCAGCAGCACAGGACAUCGUAUUACUCAUCCACCAUUUACGAAAGGUGCAUCGACCGAAACAUAUACAACCACCAGAUCGGGAGAUGGUUUGUCUCUACGUACUUCUUACCACCAACUACUACCAACAUCUCCAGAGUAUUCAGCAAGCAUAUCAUCAAACCCUUCUCGCUCCUCAUUUCUGUCACGUCAAGUAUCCUUUGAUCAAGGAGGAGAAGGUCGCCUUUCUUCAACGCAGGUCAAACAACGCUUAAAAGCUUACUUGCUUAAUCGUCGUCGUGGUCGUGUUUUAAGUAACAGACAUUGUAGAACAGAUGGCAAAUUACCUGGUUCAUCGCAAAAUCCCUUUACAAAAUCAGACUUCGAUGAAAAUUUAGAACAUUCAGGAAGUGAUUCAGGUCAACAUGGAAUCUCUCAUAUAGUUGAUCAUUGGCAUAGUGCAGAUUCACCUUCUUUCAGUGAGUGGGAUUUAGGUGAUGAAAAUUUACUUGUACAUCAGCAUCAUUCACUAGAUUUGGAUUUACAGAGAAAAUUAGCAGAUUUCAAUGCUUCCAUAAAACCUACGUGUCUUUCAUCGAAUUUAGAACAUAUUUCUCAUUCAUCAUCACUUUCCCAAUCUAGUAAUGUACCGUCUUUCAAUUCUGUAAAUAUUAAAGAGUUAAACAAAGAACGUGGGGAUAUUGGUAUUGUUCGUGGUAGCACUGUUGCUAGUGAGCGAGAAUCGGACUCUAGAGAACUUACAAAAUCCAAUCAAUUUUUAGAACAACUAAAUUAUCACUUAGUCUCUAAAUAUAAUGGUCGUUUAACAAAUGAACAAAUACAAACAAUGAUUGCAUUACUUAGAAUAAUUAGUCAGUUUAGACGACAAAUAAAAAGGACGUCAUCUCAACCAAUAAAUUUGGAAGAGAAGUUGGGAAAUGACACAGAUUCUUAUCAUCAAUCACAAAGAGUUCAUUAUCGUGAAGGUGAUUCAAGGCACCUUGAAGAAUACCUUCCUUUCUCCGAAAUUGGUGCAAAUGUGAAUUAUCAUGCAGCAUUGUCAGCACUUGUAAAACUUUGUCAGGAAGCUUCAUCUUCAAUUCCAGUUCAGUCAAAUAUUGUUGAAUCUCAGCAUAGAAAUCCAGUAAAUAAAUCUCAUUCUUCGUGUCAAAUGGAUUGGGAGAGUCAAUUAUCACCAAACUGUUCUAAAUCCAACUUGGUUUACAAUUCAGUGUUGAAUCCACUUACUCAACAAAAUAUAUCCACAGAUAUAGAUGAUGGUUGUGGAGGUAAUGGAAGGAAGUGUGAUGAUGAUGACGUCGAUAAUGCUACAUCCUCUAAUCCUAUUGUCAAUAGCGCCAAAAAUAAGUAUGACAAUAAUUUGUCAAAAAUAUAUCAAUCUCAUAAAUUAGCAUCAGAUAUUUGGUCUGCUCUACCCGAAAGUGAUUGGCUUUCUCAGAGUUAUCAUGCAGACAUGAAAACAACUUGUUAUCCCAACAUCCCAAAUCACAGUUUAGUAACUGCCAUCGCCUUUGAUCCGGAGAUGCUUGAACACAAAUGUCUUUGUCCUAAUGCUCAUGAUUCAAGUAUUCAUCCUGAAUGUCCAGAUCGCCUAACUCCUGCUUUAGAACGCCUUGUUCGUACACCCCUUUGUAUACCUCCACAUAUGUCGUCGUAUGCAUCAAAUAAUUUAAUUGAAAGUUUUAAAUAUACUGUCUUGUAUGAUAUGCCUGUUCUACAGCAUGAUUUCAGUCAAUUUUUACAAAAUCAUGCAGAUAUUUCAGAAGCUUUAAUUACACAUUUACCUUUACUGGCAUUUUGUCGUUUGGUUCGUGCACGAAUGGCAACAAAGAAUGAAUUACAAAUAUUCCAUUCAAAUGAAUAUGUUCAAACAUUUGGCACUAUUCCCACUGUUUCAAAUGAUGAUCGACCGUCUUCAAAAUGUUCAAAUGAAUCUACAUCAUUAUCUGUAUCUUGUGGAUCUACAACUAUUGAUCGUGGAUUAUCAGUAUUUAAUUCAUGUACCACGACAAGUUUAUCAAAUCAAUUAUGUUCAUUAGCUUGUGGUGGUGUUGGUGUAGAUUCAGAUACAGUUUGGAAUCCGUGCAGAACAGCUCGUGCUGCUCGUUUAGCUGUUGGUCAAGUUUUAUGCCUUGCUCAUCAGGUAGCGAAACGUCAUUUCCGUAAUGGAUUCGCUAUUGUUCGCCCACCUGGUCAUCAUGCUGAACCAGAUCAAGCUAUGGGAUUUUGUUAUUUUAAUUCUGUUGCAAUUGCUGCAUUGCAUUUAUUACGUGAGCGUAUUGUUUCAAAAGUUUUAAUUCUUGAUUGGGACAUUCAUCAUGGCAAUGGAACUAAGCUGGCUACAACACAUCCUGGAUUAGUUUAUUUAAGUUUGCAUAGAUAUGAUGGUGGGACUUUUUUUCCUGGUACUGGUUCAGUAUCUAAUUGUACAGAAGAGAAUCAAUCUUCGCAAAGUAAUUCUUGUGAUAGUGAUCACACCUCUACUAAUCCUGUUACUGUAUCAGUUUCUGAUAGUAACAUUUCCUCAGAAAAAUUCAAUCAUUUCGAUGAUCAUAGUGCAAACUAUAUGGCAAAUAUAAAUUUCAAUAAUAAAUUUGCCAAUGAUAUUUCCAAUACAAUAAUUCCAUCAGCUCAGUUAAUAAAUAUUGCAUGGGAAAAUCCACACAAUGGUACAAAUGAUAAUAAUUAUACUGAAAUAAUUAGAUCACAAAUGAAACGUCGAUCAACAACGACAUCCACUGUUAGUCCUUAUAGUUUAAAUGCUGAUGAAAGAAGGAAACGAUGGUUUCAAAAUGUUGCUAAUCGAUCGGAACAGGAUAAACAAAAGUUGUGCAAAACUAUUGGUUCAUCUGAUCAUCAUCACCAGUAUCCGAGUUACUCAAAUCAAUGUAAUUCUGAACAACACAAUUCUUUAUCAUCCUCUUCAACAUCUUUACCAUUUCAACGUUCUAUAUCGAUAAGAAAUAGGCAAAAUUCUGAUCUUACACCAUUUUGUACCUGUCUAUCUAAUAAAGCAACAAGCACUGAAAGUAGCCAAGUUUGUUCAUUCUGUUUAUCACAAUCAAUUGAAUCAUGCUCAGAUAAAUCAGAUCUAUUAUUAUCUGAAACUAAUCCAGUUAAUUGUCAACCUUAUCAUCCAUAUUCACAUUUUCAACAAUAUCCUAUACAUCACCAACCAUUAGUAUCGAAUGCAUAUAAUCAUCAUCAACAUCAUAAUCAACCACUGUCAUCUAGUACUUGGAAAGAACCUUUAUUAGGUUUAAGUGAUGCAGAGUAUUUAGCUGCAAUGCGUUCUGUUGUUAUACCAGUCGGACAUGAAUUUCAACCAGAUAUUAUAUUGAUUUCAGCUGGUUAUGACGCUGCUUAUGGACACGGUGAAGCAUUAGGCGGUUAUUCUGUAUCAUCUGGUUUAUUUGCAUGGAUUACGCAUCAGUGUAUGUCUAUAUCAAACAGUCGUAUAGUUUUAGCACUGGAAGGUGGUUAUUCUCCCUCAACUGUAGCUGAUUGUAUUACAUCUUGUGUAAAUGCAUUAUUACUCCCAGCUUCACAAUCACAUUGGAUUCCCGUACUGAAUAAUGAACAACCAAAUAAAUGUGUAAAUAUUGAUGGCGCUCAAGAAGCAUGGAUGAAUGCUGUAUACUGGAUACCAAAUUCUGAAUUAAUUCGUCCACCUAGACCUGAAGCUGUCGUUAAUUUAAUGACUACAAUUCGACAUCAUGCUAAAACUGGAUGGAAAUGUUUUACAAAUGUAUCAGAAGAAAAUGUUGCAAUGUCAUUUUCUGAAGCUAUUCACAUGGAGCAUCAAUUAGUUGAAAUGAAUAAAUCAACUGAAUUCAGUUCAAUGAAAAGUAGAAAAUUAAGUGAUAGUAGUAUUCCAUCAUCAGUUGAAGCGCAAAUUAUAUCAACAACAUCCUCUUCAACAACAACAGUUACAACAGCAGCUUAUCGAUUUAGUAAUUCACAUUUAUCGGAUUAUAUGGCUAAAUUACAUAUGGAUCAAUCUUAA